GCCUGGUUCCUUCUGCCAGUUACUUACACAAAUUCAGCCUCUUACAAACUCCCACUCUUCAUCUCAGUAACCUGACACAGUGAUAGCAGCCAGGACAAAAGACCUCCUAGAAUGCAGAUUUCACUGGAAGUCAAAGCCCAGCAGCUGCUGGAUUGGACCUGGCCUUGCCUGUGUGUUGGCUGCUGACCUGCUGCAUCCCAGGGACUGAUCUGGAUGGGGCUGGACCUGGUCCUGGCCAUCCCUGCUCACCUGACUCAGGAGGGCAUGAUUUUGUGCGUUGUGGUGAAACAUCAAGACUGCAGAUAACAAACAUGGACUCCAUUAUUCUCUCUUUAUGUAACAACUGAAAAAUGCUGAGGUGGUAUCUACUCCAGGAAAAAAACAGAGAAAGCAAGUAGAAGACUGAGUGUAAAGGUCUGUUAAUUUCCAAAUUGUGGAAUUCAGCAAUGACACACUGCGGGAAAAAAUACAUCUGUGCUGUUAUUACAUGUAUUUUUAUGUUUGCAAGCAUUUUGAUCUGCUUCUGGGGAGAUCUUCAGCUACAGAAUAACAUAACUAGAAAAAUCUUCCCUGAGGCAAAAAAAUUCAGCCCAGAGAAUCAGCUUUGUAGGGGAAAACCUGCUGAAAAUGCAAUAACAGCAUUGAAAGAUAACAGAACUUUUAUUAUCUCCCCAUACUUCGAUGACAGAGAAGACAAAGUCACUCGUGUGAUUGGGAUUGUUCACCAUGAAGAUGUAAAAGAACUCUACUGCUGGUUCUGCUGCCAGCCCAGUGGGAAUAUAUAUGUAUCAAAAGCAAAGAUUGAUGUUCACUCAGACAGAUUUGGCUUCCCCUAUGGCACAGCAGAUAUAGUUUGUUUGGAACCCACGACCUGCAAUCCAACACAUGUAUCAAUUAAUCAGUCUCCACAUGGAAAUAUUGACCAGCUCCCGAGGUUUGAAAUUAAAAACCGCAAGGCUGAGACCUUCUCUGUUGACUUCACUGUUUGCAUCUCUGCCAUGUUUGGAAAUUACAACAAUGUCUUGCAGUUUAUACAAAGUGUGGAAAUGUACAAGAUCCUUGGGGUACAGAAAGUGGUGAUCUACAAGAACAACUGCAGCCACCUGAUGGAGAAAGUCUUGAAGUUUUAUGUGGAAGAAGGAACUGCAGAGAUAAUUCCCUGGCCAAUAAACUCACACCUUAAUGUUUCUUCUAAAUGGCACUUUUCUAUGGAUGCAAAAGACAUUGGCUAUUAUGGGCAAAUCACAGCUCUGAACGACUGUAUAUACCGUAACAUGCAGAGGAGCAAGUUUGUGGUUCUCACUGAUGCUGAUGAAAUAAUUCUUCCCCUUAAGCAUCCAGACUGGAAAACUAUGAUGAGCAGUCUUCAGCAGCAAAACCCUGGGACUGACAUUUUCCUCUUUGAGAACCACAUCUUCCCAGAAACAGUAUCUACUGACAUGUUCAACAUUUCGUCCUGGAACACUGUGCCAGGAGUUAAUAUACUACAGCAUGUCUACAGGGAGCCUGACAGGAAAGAGGUUUUCAACCCCAGGAAAAUGAUAAUUGAUCCUCGAAAGGUGAUUCAGACUUCAGUGCAUUCUGUCCUACGUGCUUAUGGGAAGAGUGUGAACGUUCCCAUGGAUGUUGCCCUUAUUUAUCACUGUCGGGUGCCCCUUCAAGCUGACCUUCCCAGGGAGUCUCUCAUCAGAGACACAACACUGUGGAGAUACAACUCAUCAUUAAUCCCAAAUGUUAACAAGGUGCUAUAUCAAACCAUUCUGUAAGCUCGAAAGUGAAACCUUGGUUAUAAGGAGGGAAAGUGAAGAGCUGCACAUAGCGUGGGGCAGCAGAGAGUAUAAUUAAACAUCACAUUAAAAUAAUUUCCACGUGAAGUUUACAUCUUCCAGAGUUUUAGGAGAAAAGUCUUUUAAUGUGCUGUACAGAAGUAAAUGUGAUUGACUUGUGGACUGAAUCAAGGUAUUCAGGGGAAUGAUUUCUAAAAAUGAAAAAUUUAUUUAAGCUAAAGAGGGUUUUUGAGGCCUAGGUCUGUUAUUUUCCAGAAAAUAAUGAAAAGAGAGGUUUGCACGUGGCUGGUAACUUUGUUGUACGCCUGCAGGAACACAGACAGGUAUGUCUGUGUGGCAUACCUCUUUUCAGGGAUAUAUCCCUUUGGCUCUAAAAGUUAACUGUGCUGGCUAUGCUACAGUUUUAAGUGCAAUAAUGAAAUC